AUGGGGAACGUCUUUGCGAACCUCUUCAAGGGCCUUUUGGGCAAGAAAGAGAUGCGCGUCCUUAUGGUGGGCCUGGACGGCGCGGGGAAGACCACCCUCCUGUACAAGCUGAAGCUGGGCGAGGUCGUGACCACCCUGCCCACCGCCGGCUUCAACGUGGAGACCGUGGACUACAAGCACGUCCGCUUCACCGUGUGGGACGUGGGCGGCCAGGACAAGAUCCGGCCCCUGUGGCGCCACUACUUCCAGAACACGCAGGGCCUGGUCUUCGUGGUGGACAGCAACGACCCGGAGCGUGGGGACGAGGCGCGGGAGGAGCUCCUGCGGAUGCUGGCGGAGGACGAGCUCAGGGACGCCGUCCUGCUCGUGUUCGCCAACAAGCAGGACCUGCCCAAUGCCCUGAGCGCAGCCGAGGUCACGGACAAGCUGGGCCUCCACUCCCUGCGCCGCAGGAGCUGGUUCAUCCAGGCCGCCUGUGCCACCAGCGGGGACGGGCUCUACGAGGGGCUGGACUGGCUGUGCAAGCAGCGCCGGAACCAGAAGUGA